UAGCUCCCUUGGCAUCUAUCUUCACCUGGACGACUUUCCAUUUCCAUUUGCCUUAAUCAUCUCUUUAUAUACCCCUUAUAUAAUAUAGCCAUAAGAGCCAUAUCCCUUCUUGCCGCCUUUGCAAGUGCGCCGCCACUUUUGGAAGAACUGCUGGAGAACGAACGACCAUUCUUAGACGAUAAACCAUGAACGCACCGGAUAGAUUCGAACUCUUCCUCUUGGGUGAUGGAGAGAAGAAGAUCACUGAGGCUGUUGAUACUCGCACCCCGAACUCAUCUAUCUUUACCAUCUUGAAGGAGGACCACACCCUGGCCAACCUUCUGCGCGCCCACCUGCUCAAAGACCCACACGUCACCUUCGCUGGUUACAGAGUCCCCCACCCCCUCUUCGCCACCAUCGAGCUCCGUGUCCAAACCGACGGCACCCUCACACCCAAAGAAGCCGUCAUCGGCAUCGCCAAAUCCCUCGUGGCGGAGCUGGCCCAGCUGAGCCGUGAGUUCACCAAGGAAUUCGAGUUGCGCAAGAUGGUGGCGGGCGCUGCUGCGGAUACCAACCAGGGACAGCAGUAGAUUCAGUUUGCUUUGCGGCACUGGCAUGGGAUCCAGGGAGGAUGGGCUGCUGAUGGGUAUGGGGGUUUAUGCAUAGCGGGUGUUGGGAGUUUUAUGGGUGGGUGGUUGGGUUUGGCGUGGUAUCGGGGACUUUGAUGCGUUUCGGUUGGAGGAAAAUCAAUCCAACAAUAUCCUUCCCCAACGAAUUACAUGUCUUCUGCAAUAUUUUGUUACUAUG